AAGCAAACAAGACCGUAAAGUAACUCUUAGCUCAGCAAUGGCGAUUUCCAGAUUAAGCUUUUUACUUCAUCAGCAGCUCCAAAAAUAUACUUCUUCUCUUCGUCACUUGUCUUAUUCCAACCGCUCAUUUUGUUCAGCAUCCAAUCUUCGCUCUCACUUUCAAAGAAUUGGAUUUAUUGGUUUAGGAAAUAUGGGAUCCCGAAUGGCUAAUAAUUUGAUUGAGGAUGGAUACAAUCUCACCGUUCAUGAUGUAGACCACAAUGCCAUGAAGAUUUUCUCAGAGAGGGGGAUUCUUACAAAAGAGUCACCUUUUGAAGUUGCGGAUAGUAGUGACGUCUUGAUCACAAUGUUGCCUUCUUCAAACCAUGUAUUGGAUGUUUACACUGGACGAAAUGGUUUGCUCAGCCAUGGUAAUACUCUUGGACCGUGGUUGUUCAUAGAUUCAUCAACAAUUGACCCUCAAACAUCAAGAAAGCUCUCUGCCACCAUAGCUGAUUGUUCUCUGAAAAGGAAAAGAGAUGGUUUUGAGGUUCCGGCCAUGUUGGAUGCUCCUGUAUCCGGAGGUGUUCUUGCUGCUCAAGCUGGAACACUUACUUUCAUGGUGGGUGGCUUGGAGGAAGCUUAUGUGGCUGCAAAACCCUUAUUUCUCUCAAUGGGGAAAAGCACAAUAUAUUGUGGUGGAGCAGGAAAUGGUUCAGCAGCAAAGAUCUGUAACAAUUUGGCAAUGGCUGUCAGUAUGCUUGGUGUAUCAGAGGCCCUUGCUUUAGGUCAGAAAUUGGGUAUUGCUGCCAGUACUCUGACCAAGAUAUUCAAUUCUUCAAGUGCUCGCUGUUGGAGUAGUGAUACUUACAAUCCAGUGCCUGGAGUGAUGGAUGGGGUGCCUGCUUCAAGGAACUAUGAUGGUGGGUUUGCAUCAAAGUUGAUGGCUAAAGAUCUAAAUCUUGCUGCAGAAUCAGCCAAAGAAGUAGGUUUGGAAUUUCCACUGACAUCUCAAGCAGAAAAGAUAUUCACUCAGCUUUGCAAUGAUGGGCAUGGAAUGAAGGACUUCUCAUGCGUCUUCCGCCACUAUUACCCUGGAAACGAUGAGCUAUAGUUUCGUUAUCUGAAAGAAAAUUUCAUAUCCUACAACAUCUUUUAUCCAGAUUCAGAUCCCAGUAUUUUUCACAAACUCAAUCUAAUACUUACCUGCAGUGUAUGGCCAUGAUUAAACAUGAUCAAGGACAUCUUAAGUGUGGCAACACUUGUUUACAUCUCCUUUCCUGUAUGAGCAGCUAGUGUAGUUUACUUGCAAUCGUGCUUGAAUGAGUUUUCACAUAUAGUACAGCUUUCUUCUGCACUAUGAAUCUCUUUAAAUAUAAGCAUUCUUUUGUUGGUGGAGC